AACGGAAGCGGAAGUGGCGGCGGCGCCGGCCUGGCCUGGCCUGGCAGAGGGGAGGCGGCGGGCGGGCGCGAUGGCGGAGGCCGGGCCACAGGCGCCGCCGCCCCCGGGCACCCCAAGCCGGCACGAGAAGAGUUUGGGACUUCUCACAACCAAGUUCGUGUCGCUUCUGCAGGAGGCCAAGGACGGCGUGCUUGACCUCAAGCUGGCAGCUGACACCCUAGCUGUGCGCCAGAAACGGCGGAUUUACGACAUUACCAACGUGCUGGAAGGUAUUGGGCUGAUCGAGAAAAAAUCCAAGAAUAGCAUCCAGUGGAAGGGCGUGGGGCCUGGCUGCAAUACCCGGGAGAUUGCGGACAAGCUGAUUGAGCUCAAGGCAGAGAUCGAGGAGCUGCAGCAGCGAGAGCAAGAACUGGACCAGCACAAGGUGUGGGUGCAGCAGAGCAUCCGGAAUGUCACUGAGGACGUGCAGAACAGCUGCUUGGCCUACGUGACUCAUGAGGACAUCUGCAGAUGCUUUGCUGGAGACACCCUCCUGGCCAUCCGGGCUCCGUCUGGCACCAGCCUGGAGGUGCCCAUCCCAGAGGGCCUCAAUGGGCAGAAGAAGUACCAGAUUCAUUUGAAGAGUGUGAGUGGGCCCAUCGAGGUGCUGCUGGUGAACAAGGAGGCAUGGAGCUCACCGCCUGUGGCGGUGCCUGUGCCGCCGCCUGAAGAUCUGCUCCAGAGCCCACCUGCUGUCUCUACUCCUCCGCCUCUGCCCAAACCUGCGGUGGCCCUGCCCCAGGAUGCCUCACACCCAAGCAGUCCCCAGGUGACCACCAGCACCUGUGUCCCUGGCAGCACUGAAGCCCAGGAGAUGGCCAGUCCGGCAGCUGAGAUCACAGUGAGUGGCGGCCCUGAAACCGAUAGCAAGGACAGUGGUGAGCUCAGCUCACUCCCACUGGGCCCGACAGCACUGGACACCCGGCCACUGCAGUCGUCUGCCCUGCUGGACAGCAGCAGUAGCAGCAGCAGCAGCAGCAGUAGCAGCAGCAAUAGCAGUUCAUCUGGACCCAACCCUUCUACCUCCUUUGAGCCCAUCAAGGCAGACCCCACAGGCGUUUUGGAACUCCCCAAAGAGCUGUCCGAAAUCUUUGAUCCCACACGAGAGUGCAUGAGCUCAGAGCUGCUGGAGGAGCUGAUGACCUCGGAAGUGUUUGCCCCCCUUCUCCGCCUUUCUCCACCCCCCGGAGACCAUGAUUACAUCUACAACCUGGAUGAGAGUGAAGGUGUCUGUGACCUCUUUGACGUGCCUGUUCUCAACCUCUGACUGAUGGGGACGCCCUGUGUGGCUGGGACACAGACUGUCUAACCUGAGGGCUGCUUGGGGACCUCCACACCUCACCCCUCCACAGCUUGAGAGCCACAGACUCCUGGCCCCCCCAGCCUUCCCUCACUGCAGUUCCGGCCACGGCUCCCACUCCUGCACCGGCACCUGUGUUGUGCUGGGAGAGCGGGAGAAAGGGCCUCAGCUCCCUCCAUGGUGGCGCCAAAAUAUUUGCCUGUCCUUUUCUGGAGCCUUCCCCCACCUUGUGUCCUCCCUGUCCCCUCCCUGAGCCCAGGCUCUGCUGCCACCCAGUGUCACAGAAUGAGGACCCAGUAAACUCCAUAGAGCAGCUUGUCCAACCCCCACUGCCCUGUUCCUGCUAGCUCCUCCCCCUCCCAGGAGGGAAGCUGGGGUGGAGUCUGCCACUUGCCAGCACCACUUCUAGGCUCCUUCACUUCUCCCCACCCCUUUCUUGACCCUAAAGCUCCUGGUCUUCUGUCCCCCUUCUGCCUGACCCUUAGCCCUGACAACCUGUAGGUGGUGGUAGGGGGUGCAAACAGGAAGAAACAGAGGUCUCUAGCUAGGAGUCUGGGCAGGUGAGUCCCCGAGGAUUGGCCCAACCUCCUGCUGCCCCAUAGUCCUUCUCUUGUUUAUUCAUUUACCCUCAUUUAGAGCCAUUUGCGGAGAUUUAGAAAGAUUUGCCGUAAUGAAUGGAUUCCUAUAUAAAGAUUAUUUUUAUACUUUUUGCAGCAAAAGGAAGUUGUAAUAUUUGUACAGUGUCCAAGUGAAUAAAGAUCAUGCCUAAGGCUA